GUUUCAUUGGCUGCUUCCAUCCGUUACUCAUUGCUUGCAUUCGUGGGUUGGUUUGUCAAUCAAAGUGCUAUUUUGUUUUCUUCCUGGUUAGCUUCACAGUGACAGAGGAGCAAAAACAUUCGGCAUAUUUCGCACUGAUUUGUGAAGGAAGAGAGACCAUGUGGAAGUCACAUGAACAACAAGGAUGAGGCAAAAACAACUGGGAAUUAACUUGUUGAGGAGAGGACUGCUGCCGCCCAACUUCUCCCUCCAACUGGGGAUUUGCUGCCUGUCCCACCCUCCACCCAAACAUAUGCAAUGAACAGCACUACUCAGCCCCCUGCAAUCAUAGACGGGGAUGUGGCAGUCAGUUCCGUGUUGGUACCAUUCUUCCUCAUCACCUUCAUCGGGAUAGCUGCAGCUGUGGUGAUGUAUGUGCGCAGGAAGAGAAGAAUUGACAGGCUCCGGCACCAGUUGCUUCCAGUCUAUACCUACGACCCCUCAGAAGAAUUACAUGAAGUUGAACAAGAAAUGCUGUGGAAAGAGGAAGAUACUAAGGUGGUGAAGGGUUGGGCACGGUCCUACCAGCAGCAACGUCCCCUGUUGAUGAAAGAUGCCCAUGCAUGAGUGUGUUGGAGCAGGACGUCGAUCUGUGCCAUCCUACAGAUCAGUGGAGUUAACCCCUGAGAUGCCAGAUUUGUCAAUCAUUAAACACAAAGGGGUUUUAGGAAAAGCAUGAUAAAUGGGAACAGCCUGUCAUGCCUUUGCAUCAUCAACUUUGUCAUUACCAUUAUCAUCCAUCAGUCAUCAUCUCUGUUGGAGCAUUUACUUUGUACACUGCCUCUAAGCUAAGGGGAGGUUGGUUAUUAUGUGAACCUCUGAUGCCAUGCUCGUUUUCCUGAAAGCCAUACCCUAAACCACUACACGUUGGCUAACUACUAGUGGACAUUAUUUAUUUGAGAUUAUUUAUUAGUUUUUUUUUAAACUGUGUUUGUGUGUAUGAUGAUGUGGGUGUUACUGAAACAUUUGCCUUAAUGUCCAUUGUUACUGUUUUAAGUAGUACUAUACCAGUGAGAAUAGCAAAGCCUUGACCUUGGGUGGGAUUCUUCCCGUUGUACUACUAGUUUUAGUGGUGUAAAAUUAGGUUACUAUGUCCCUCACUAUUCAAUGUCAUAAGUUACACAGAUAUGCAGUCAAUCAAUUUGAGUCCUGCAAUUUUCCUUGUUUGUUGCACUGUGAAUACCAUUAUCAAAGCAACCAAAAUAAUACCUCCUCCUUGUCAUCAUCCAGAUAUGUGAUGAUAAAACGGUGGUGAAAAGAGAGAGCAAGAUUGUUUCCUGUUCUCUCUCUAUUUUGUUUCACUUGAGUUGUUUCAAACAUUACAUUCAGAAAUAGGAUGUGCAGAGAGAGAGAGAACCCUCUGGCUGUAUCUGGGAUGUCACAUGAUGGCCAAUGAAUGUAGAUAGUCAACCAGCCUCCCCUACCCCACCCACUCCUCUCCAUUAUUUAGCUGUGACUACUGCCCUAAAAAUGUCCUGUCUGGAAGACAGGGCAACAGGAUUAUUGUUCUUCUAGCAGAAGAGUGUCAUAGGCCUGACUGUAUACAGUAUUCAGGAAACCUCAUGUGUCGUUAAAGAAAUGAGUGAACAGUGAUUCAUCCUUGGAUAAUGUGCUCUAGUCUAGGUUACCCACCUUUCCUCCUUGCAUUUGUGAAUGUCAUAUUCAGGAUGAGAGAUGAAGGCUCCCAUUGAAAUCAAUCAUCUUAUCAGCGCAUGUAUAUGUAUGUAGGAGUCCACUCAAUAAUUUAAACAGGGAAAUAUAUAUCAUGUAUUUCCAUUCAUUUGAAUGUGGAAUUUAGACUUUUGACUUGAAUAAUUGAUUUUCCUGAAUGCUAACGGCUACGUAUUACGCUCCACUAUUUAUAAAGUCGGAGUUAAUUCCCAUGCACAUUAAACUUAUAAUGCAUUCGAUUUAAAAUGCGGAGUGUGUUCUGAAAAUACAGGAGACUGAUGAAAAUACAAACUUUACAUAUCAUUUUCACAUCACUUAUCAAGAUUUUGCACACUAUUGUUCAAGACUUAUGUGUUGCUUUUCAAUUGAAGCACUAAUUGACUGUCCAUGAAGUAAACUUGUAUGCGUCUUAGUGAGAAUAUGGACUUUUUAUAGAUGGUCUGGAUGUAAAGCAAAAAUAAAAUGGAAAGGAGUUCCUA